AAGCAAACGGAUGAAAAAUAGUAAUCUCUACUUCCUUGAAAGUAAAAAAAACACUGGUCUUAAAGAAGACAUGCUUAUGAAUUGUACCCAGGCGUUGUGUGUAUAAUCCAUAACUUGUUCUCCAACCAAAAAAAUGGCUAGUUAUAUUUUAAAUAUUAUUAUUAUGAGUUUCACCUGCUUCAUCUUUGUAUGUUUUUCUAUUGAAAACACAAUAUUGGCCCAGUUGAGCCCACAUCAAGCCGUAAACCAAUAUCAUUGCUAGCAGCCUGUAACUUUAUCUUAGGACUUAUAACCAGCUUUGACAGAAAUUACAGGUGGCAGUUUCAGCGUGAUUUAAAACACACCAAUACUUGACAUUAAGAAUUACUUAGAAGAUUGAAGCCACGACGACAAAUGCAUGCAUGGAGCUCGGCCCCCAAAAGCGAAAGAACUGUCUGGUUCUUACAAUGGUCCUAGCCUCUUUUGGAUCACAGUUUAUUAACGGUUUCCGCCGGAGUUCUUCUGAAGAUGCAGUGAGCUUUAUCAACUUCAACGCCUACGAGUUUUCGUACCUGAACAUCACCAAUAUUGGUUCAGAACUUGUCCAAAGUGAUACCGAGUGUGGCUUUGCCUGUUUAGGAAUCACUUCAUGCUUUUCUUAUAACCUGGCUGCAUUUUCUGAUAUCAAUGGAAAGCUGUUGUGUGAACUGCUCCCAUCUGAUAAGUUCAACAACUCGGACAAUUUUACCAGCAGUCCGUUUUAUCAUCACUUCAGUAUUCCGACUCCAUGCUCCAGUAAUCCUUGUAUGAACAAUGCACCGUGUGUGGCCAAGUACGAAGAUGGCGGUUACCAGUGCGCAUGCGCUGCAGGAUUUAUUGGAAAACACUGUGAAAUAGGCCUUGAUUGUCAGCAUAUUGUGAAACGAGGACAAUCUCAGGGAGAUGGUCUGUACUUGUUGGACCCGGGCGGAGGAAGCCAUUCAAAUGCAUUUCUGGCCUACUGUGACAUGACGUCAUACAAUGGAGGAUGGACCAUGUGUUACACUACUGAUGAAUAUGUCAAACCCAAGACUGAAGUCACAUACAGCGUUCAGUUUCCUUAUGGAAGUGACGGCUACAGGACCAACUGUAACAACAUCUCUUUCACAGAAAUUAUCUUUGUUGAUCACCAAACUGGAAGCAAGGUUUACUUUAGGCGACGAGUCAACCAGGCCAUAACGGCCGCUGAUAACUAUGGGAAUGCUGCCGGCACCUAUGGAUUGUGGGACGGUUUUGGAACAAACAACGCUUACUCCUACCAACUGUUGAUCUGUGAUCAUUCUCGCUACUACGGCUUCCUCAUUUCCGGUUACACGGGUAACUGUUACAAGCACUGCAACAAUUGGUGCUCGGAUUAUGUUUCACCUUACUUCCGCACGGCUACCUCCAGUUACACGGGCGUGGCUUUCAACAGCAAUGGCCGCCGCUCCCACAGCAAGAGGGUUAUGAGUGUUGGUUUGCGUUAGGAUAUAACUUUGACUAAACAGUGUCCCAGAGAAGUACUUUCUCAUAUAAGUUGUCCAAGUUAUAUGAGCGGCACCAAAGACUAUGGUUUCUUGAGCCGCUCAGGUCUGAAAGAUGGUAUCGAUCAUUUGACCAUGUUGCUUUUAAAUUGGGUCGCCCUAAGUUUGAAUUCGGGAUGGGUUUUUUUAGGCUCGAUUACCAGCCGCUGUUCGAGAAAGGAGCCCGCGUUUCUCUAAGAGGGAUGUAGACCAGACUCAAGUGAGUGGCGGAAAUCGAGCCUAAAGUUUUUGAAGAAAUUAUAAACUGUAUUUCAAUCAUUAAUCUAACGAUUAUUUGAUCAAUAUUCAAUUGACGAGGUUCUUUAAGUCAUGCUCAAAAUUUCAAACUGAUGUAAACUUGAUUCUUAUCUCCGUUUUUUAAUUGCAUUACUGUUAUUUCUUGUUUUGUUAAGUUGCACACUUUUGCGAUACUGUAACAUUCAUGGUCACGCAAAUACAGCUGCUUGUUGUUGAGAAGUCCGAUCUGAAAUUGGGUAACGAAAAUCCCAUAUCUUAAUCUGAAUUAGAGGGUAAUGAUUAAAAAGAAGCCCCCUAUAUAUAC